CAAAAUAAAAUUUGAAAUUCUCAUUUUACACUUGACUCUCUUAGCAAGCAGAGCACUGAAAGCUGUUCGAUGGAGAACUAGACUCCAACCGAAACCAAUGAAACCAUUCCACUUCACUUCCCUCCGCCACUUCGCCACCAAAUACACCGCCAAAAUCACCUCCACCUCCCCCACCGGCCGUUCCCUAGCCGCCGAAGUAACCCCACCGCCACCCCUCCCCUCCGACACCCGCGGCUACUCCCUCCCCCGCCAUGACCUCGUCUGCAAAGCCACCCAAAUCCUCCUCUCCACCACAAACCCCCAUCCCACCAAACAAACCCCCCUCCACGACCCCUUCUCCGACCUCUCCGAAUAUCUCCAAUCUCUCUCCAUCUCCCUAACCCCUCUAGAAGCUUCCGAAAUUCUCAAAUCCCUCAAAAACCCUUCCCUCGCUCUCAAAUUCUUCCACUUUUGCCCCUCCCUUUCCCCCAACUUCCGUCAUGACUCCUUCACUUAUAACCGAAUGUUCCUCAUUCUCUCCCUCUCGUCUUCACCGCUUCGAUUCGAGCAGACCGAAUCGCUUCUCGAUGAUAUGGAGCGGCGCGGCUUGCGUGGCUCCAUCUCCACCGUUAAUAUUCUGAUUGGAUUUUUUGGUGAUUUGGAACGUUGUGUUGGGUUGGUUAAGAAAUGGGAGCUUAGGCUUAAUGCUUAUACUUAUAAGUGUUUGCUUCAAGCUUAUUUAAGGUUAAGGGAUUCUGAUAAGGCGUUUCGUGUUUAUUUGGAUAUGUUGAGACAUGGUUAUCACUUGGAUAUUUUUGCCUAUAACAUGCUUUUGGAUGCUUUGGCUAAGGACAAUAAGGUGGAUCAAGCAUAUAAAGUUUUUGAGGACAUGAAGCGAAGGCAUUGUGAGCCUGAUACGAUCACGUACACCAUUAUGAUCAGAAUGACUGGGAAAUCCGGCAAAACAAACGAGGCGCUAGCACUCUUUCAGGUGAUGUUAGAAAAGGGAUUAACUCCAAAUUUGAUUGCUUAUAAUACUAUGAUUGAGGCACUUGCCAAGGGGCGUAUGGCAGACAAGGCUGUCCUUCUAUUCUCAAAAAUGGUGGAGAAUGAUUGUCAGCCUAAUGAAUUUACGUACAGUGUGCUUUUGAAUGUUUUGGUUGCUGAAGGACAGCUUCAUAAGCUUGACUAUAUUGUGGAGAUAUCAAAAAAAUAUAUGAAUAAGCAGAUAUAUGCUUAUUUUGUAAGGACAUUAAGCAAAUUGGGUCAUUCCUCUGAAGCACAUAGGCUAUUUUGCAACAUGUGGAACUUCCAUGACAAGGGUGAUAAAGAUGCUUACAUGUCCAUGCUGGAGAGUUUGUGCAGUAGUGGUAAAAUGACAGAAGCAAUAGAUCUUCUUAAUAGAUUUCACGAAAAGUGUAUAACCAGUGAUACUAUCAUGUAUAAUACAGUAUUCACAGCUCUUGGCAAGUUGAAACAAGUAGCGCAUAUCCAUGACCUUUAUGAAAAGAUGAAACGGGACGGCCCUCCACCGGACAUAUUUACAUACAAUAUUCUGAUUUCCAGCUACGGGAGAGCUGGAAGAGUUGACAGUGCUAUUAAAAUUUUCGAAGAGCUAGAGUAUAGUAAUUGUGAUCCCGAUGUCAUUUCCUAUAACAGUUUGAUCAACUGCCUCGGAAAGAAUGGAGAUGUUGAUGAAGCUCACAUGAGAUUCAAAGAGAUGCAAGAGAAAGGAUUAAACCCUGAUGUUGUAACUUAUAGUACACUUAUUGAGUGCUUUGGCAAGACUGAUAAAGUUGAGAUGGCGUGUAGCUUGUUCGAAGAAAUGAUUGCUGAAGAAUGCUCUCCUAACUUAGUAACGUAUAAUAUUUUACUUGAUUGUCUUGAAAGGUCUGGACGAACUGCCGAGGCAGUGGACCUUUAUGCAAAACUUAAGCAACAAGGGCUGACACCAGAUUCAAUAACAUAUGCAGUGCUUGAGCGAUUGCAAAGUGGAAGACACGGGAAGUUGAGAGUUCGCAGACAGAAUCCAAUUACAGGAUGGGUUGUUAGCCCUUUGUGAUGAUAUAGAAAACUUUGUUAUACAUUCAUUAGGCAGAAAUUCCUUUUUAUUAGGCCUUCUGAAGAUUCUUUGUCCAAAGCUAUCGUAGCUGUGUUAUUGAGGUGAAGAAGAUAUAUGAUUAUAGUCAUUUGGUGCGCUUUGACACUCUUGUAGGUUGGGCAACAUACUCAAGUUUUUCUGCAAUGGGAUUUGUGACUUGAAUCAUGGUAGUUCAAUGAAAAGAGUAUGUUUUCUUUCUCUUAUGAUUCUCAUAUAGAUUCUGAUGAUUUAAUUCGUAAUAGGUUCUGUUAGCAAGCUCAUACUAGGUCAUCAUAGAAAAGUUGUAAAUAUAAUUCUUCAUUCUUACAUGAAUAGGAAAAGGAAAAACCUAGUAUUGGAGAAAAGGAGAGGACAAAUUUUUCUUGGUUUUUACAUGUAAGCUUUCCAAGCUUGUACCCCAAGUAUACAAUCCUAUUUGAGU